AGCACAUCUCAGUCGCAGUGGCUGCUACUAGUCUGCUGACAAAAGCUUUGCCAUGCACUUGGAUAUGAGUAACUCAACUGAUUACUGGACUGAGGACGAGGAGGAUGAUCUCAGCUCUCUUACAGAUUACAAUACAUAUGAGCUUCUCUGUGAAAAAAGUGAUGUGAGAAAUUUCAGUAAAUUAUUCCUUCCCGUGUUCUUUGCAUUGGCUUUCACUAUUGGAGUUGCUGGGAAUUCAUUAGUGGUUGCAAUUUAUGCCUAUUGCAAGAAACCGAAGACUAAGACAGAUGUGUACAUCAUGCACCUAGCCAUUGCCGACUUGCUCUUGCUCUUUACACUCCCUUUUUGGGCUGCAAAUGCAGUGCAGGGAUGGGAACUUGGAAACUCAAUGUGCAAGCUCACUUCUUCCCUGUACACCAUGAAUUUCAGCUCUGGCAUGCUUUUCCUGGCCUGUAUCAGUGUGGACAGAUACAGGGCCAUUUCUGAAUCCCAGGGUCAUCGAAGAAUUGGUAAAUACUGCAGUGUUACCUGCAUCUGUGUCUGGCUGUCUGCUAUUUUCCUCAGUAUCCCUGAACUGAUAUUUAAUCAAGUCAAGAAACACAAUGACAGGAACGAAUGCCUUCCUGUAUUUCCACUGGACAUGGAGACACUCUUAAAAUCAACCAUUCAAAUCCUGGAAAUUAUUCUGGAAUUUCUGCUUCCUUUCCUAGUAAUGCUGGUCUGCUAUUCAGCUACUGCUCGAGCAAUCUUUAGAUCUGCAAAUGCUAAGAAAUCCAGACCUUUCAUGGUUCUGCUGGCAGUAGUGGCUACUUUCAUUAUUACCCAGCUACCUUACAACAUUGUUAAGUUCUGGCGAGCCAUUGAUACCAUCUACAUGUUGAUUACUGACUGUGAUGCAAGUAAAACCAUAGAUGUCGCACUCCAGGUCACCAAGAGCAUUGCUUUGUUUCACACCUGCCUGAACCCUCUUCUCUACGCCUUUCUGGGUGCCUCUUUUAAAAUGCAUAUUAACAAAAUCGUAAAAAAUUAUGGAUACUGGAGAAGACAACAACAGAACGAAAGACCUGAAGAAAUUUCUAUGAAUUACGAAGACCAUACUGAAGAAACAAUUAGUUUCACUAUAUAGACUCUCCAUAACUUUCAUUAUCUUAUAAAACCAAGGGAAUGAUUUACUAAUUCUGGUGGUAUUGUUUCAGCAGAUGUUUCUCUGAAAGGCAACUUUCAGAGAAAUUUCUGAACCUGGAGACUAGUCAAGACACUACACUGCAGCUCAAAGUGGAACAUGUUGACCGAAAUGUAGCAUCAGGCAAGAA